AUGGGCCUAGAGGGUGUCCAACCGAGGCAGAACGGCUCCAACGGGCUAUACUCAUCGUCCCUGCAGUGGUACUAUCUGCCCAAUGUGGACCAUUCGAGUGAUUCGAUACAGCCAAACUCGAAACUGUUGCCACCCCUUUGGAGUCCAUUUCCGACGUCGCAAAAUUAUUCCAACGGCACCAACGAUUCCAUUUCCCCCUUGGCCGACACCAUCAGCGAGCUGUGCGACCAGUUUACCGAUCUCAGCCUUUUCGGUUUCGGCCAUAAUCAAAGCUGUUCACCGCAGCAACAUCAGCAGCUGGGAAGUCCCAACGCAAACAGUCCUCGGUACACGAACGGAUUGAGCUGCUUCAAUGGUUUUGUCAGCGAGAACGGAUGUUCCAAUGGUGGUGGCAAUGCCACUACCAUUGGAAAUCGUUUGACGAGCUUGGCUGGCAGUGCAGGAUAUCUGGACGGAUGUUGCGGUAGUCCAAUGAACCAUCAAAAUCAGUAUCAACAUCAGCACGGCCAGCGACAUGAUCAUCAUCUCUUACCGACUACGAACGGACAAUCAAAUCAAAAAUACAGCAAGAUACCACCAGCUAACUAUCUGUGUCAUCUUUGUUUUAAGAAAGGUCACUAUAUUCGGGACUGUCCACAGGCUCGUCCCAAAGCUGAGGGUAAAACGCCUUACCAGGGCAAAAAGCGUUGCUUCGGGGAAUAUAAAUGCCCCAAAUGUAAGAGAAAGUGGAUGUCGGGAAAUUCCUGGGCCAAUCAUGGACAAGAAUGCAUUAAAUGUCAUAUAAAUGUGUACCCCCAUAAACAGUAUUACCUAAUCUGUGACACAUUUCAGCGGCCUCUGGAGAAACCCGAUGGUUUGGACGUAUCCGACCAAUCUAAGGUUCAUCCGCAACUGCUGUGUGAGAAAUGCAAGACACUUGGUUACUAUUGCAGGAGAAUUCAGUAG